AGAAAUAGCAUUCAAGAUUCAUAUAUCGCAGUACUUAUCUACAUACAUUGAAUGAUUAUGAUAUGUAGGUAUAUAAACGGAGGUUUCAUUCUUAUGUAAUUAUACUUUCGUCGAAAAUCGCACGGACACCACACUUUUAGAAAUAACAUACGACACCUCUGUGUGCACACAUUCACAAUUUGUUUCGAGAUCAAACGUAAUUGUAUUUCACUUUUGGUAUCAGCUUGUGGUGAUGAACCCGUUACGUUCAAUGUGCUGAGAUAAGUUCAAUAUAAUUUUUUUGUGAAGCAUCUGUUUACUGGAUUACCAGGAAUCUUUCUGACGUCAAAAUAAGAAAUUGACUUCCUAUGAAUCUAUUUUCCGGCAUGGCCGGACCGGAUGGAAAUUAAUGUGUUAUACUGCAGAUACAGUUUAUUUAUAUUGUCAUAUUCACCGGUGAACUCUGCUCAAAUUAGCGGAUUGCGUCUACUCUGAAUAAGAUUUUCUUACGAAAUCAGAAUGAUAAUGAGGGGAAACACAAUUCUGCUAUCCCUGACAAUAGUCAACGUCCUCCUAUUUACCUACAUAUUCAGAAGUGUCAAGCAAGAGGAACUGGAUACUUUACGUAACAAAUUUAAUCUAAUAGACGAGUACAGCAAUACCGAUCUGAGCGACAAAACGGAUCCACUGAAAGAACUCAAUGAAGAUGACCUCGAUGGUAGUCAGGCGGUGAAAGUCAAGCCUAUCGUAUCACCAGCACAGCAGGGAGAAGUUAAAGAAAAUCUCCCGCUGGAUCAACCAACACUAGCUACUACAGGUCCUACUCCCAUCAUCCUUCACACGUACAUGCGCAGUGGGUCUUCCUUUGUCGGCGAUCUUCUGAAAGCUGGGGCCGAAACCUUCUACACAUACGAACCAGUACACGCCUUACAGUUCACAAUCAGACGUUUGGCGCCAAUUAGAUACCUAGAUAGCCCUUCAAAAACUUUCAACAAUUUCCUGGAUGUCGCUGUCCCAACUGUUAGAGACAUGGUCACGUGUCAGUUUUCCAGACUUCCUUUUCCGUACUUUGAGGACGGAUUUUUCAGCUACAGUACCAAAGCUAGUGUAUUUACAUCGUGUAAUGACAGACAAAGAACUAUUACGGACACGAAGAGGGCGUACAGAUGUGCUACGGAGUUAUCUAAAGAAUGUUCCAAGUACUCAUCCUUCGUCGCAAAAAUUAUUCGCAUGCCUCUGUACUCUUUCGAAGAGCUCAUGGAAAAAAUACCAAAUUUGAAAAUCAUCCAUUUAUUGAGAGAUCCUAGACCGACGAUGUUGUCGCAAAUGAAAGCUGGUAACGUAAAACAGAAAUAUUUGAGAUCAAACGUCACGACGUACUGUAAUAGGGUUUACGAUGAUGUCGUAAAAGCUGAAGAUUUUAACCGGAAGUUCCCUGACCGUCUGAUGCGUGUUUACUACGAGGACAUUGUAAAAAGACCCUUCGAACUCACCAGAAAGAUGUACAAUUUUGCCGGCAUGUCUUUCACUGAUAAAGUUUCUGAUAAAAUAUCUAAACUGACGGGACAGACAGAAAAUCGUAAAAGUUCUGACGACACAGCGUCAGCUUGGCGAUUAAGCGUUGACAUGGAUUUCAUUCGAACUGUUGACACCUCUUGUGGUCAGCUGUACACCAAAGUCGGCUUCCUCGACAUGACGACGGAAGCUGAUAUACGGGACACGGCAAAGAGUUUAAGGGGCCCACCGCCUCCCUUUGAUGACUUCCGGUUAGCGUAGUUAACCUCCCCUUUAGUGACUUCCGGUUAGCGAAGUUGAGACAGUGUAAAAAUAUCGAUAUAAAUUAAUGAACUGAAUAUAAUAUUGCAUUUCCACCAUAUUAUCAUUGUCAUAACACCUAUUACCCAAUGUAAUCAUCAUAGCUAUAUUGUGUACGAACAUUUAAUAAAGUAUUAAAUCAACUGUAAUUAGUUA